AUGUCACAACAGUCCUCUAGCGAGACGUUCGAAUCAUCGCAGCAGUGUUUCGAGGCAGCUCGCUACGCGGCAUCGACGGAGGAGGAGAGCAGCUUUCCGGAGAGCGAAGACUAUGAUCGCCGCUCACCCGAGACACGGCGCUACAGCUCAUACCCGGACCACCUUCAGCGCUUGCGGUCUAAACAGAUCACUAGCGUUAGCCCGUCGUGGCGUAGGGUGCUCUACGAGCGACAGCCUUUUGAGGACAACUACGUCGACCCACAGCAGUUCUUGGAGGAGCUGAGUCAUAACAAGGAUAUCAAGAACUACGAGUACGCGACCGUCGUCAUCAACACCCUCGCCAUCACACAGGAGAUCUCCAUCGUUGUGCUAUUCUGCCACGCCUUCAUGGGUGUCUUCACGAACUCCAUCGACAAGUACUCGCUCCUGUGGAUUGACGUGCUGAGCGUGCUCGCCGCACUUGUGUGCUACGUGUUUUACCACUGCCACCAAGACGCCUGCAAGGACACAGCAGAGCGACCCGCCAGCCUGAGCACGCGCUGUUCACCGCCGUCGCGGCAGCCGUUGCGGUGGCUUUUUCACGCGUGGAACUUUGGCCGACAGGUUGUCAGCCUCGUGACAAUGCUCGCCUUGCUCAGCCCCAUCUUCAGCACCCUCACCAUCACCUACAGCGACGACACCAUCGUGACGCUGUCCAUCCUCACCAUGUCCCUGCACGUGCUGUUGACGGACUACAGCUAUCUGAAUGCCUACACCCAGCGCUUCGACCCUAACUUGUCCGUUAACAUGGCCAUCUACUGCGUGACCCUCAUGGCCUCGCGCAUCUCCAGCCCCCUCGCCAGCGGGGCCCUCAUCUGCUUUGGCAUCAUGUGCUUCUCGCUCUCCCCGAUCGUCCGUCACCUCGUUAAGCACUACUCCUUUACUGCCCACGUCGCCACCACAUUCGGCCUCGUUGGCCUGGCGAUCGGAUGCCUGACCCAGAUCCCGAUCCUGGCCAUCUUGUACACCGUGACGGUGCUUAUGAUCUCGUUUGGCAUUCCGUGGCUGUUCGUGCGCAUGCACAGCAGCGUCAAGACCCAAAUCAAUGGCCCCUGGGACGAGGCAAAGCCCACCAACAGCACUGCCGCGGCGGAGUGGGCGAACUCUGGCUUCUUGGCGUGA